CGUCACCACUAGGCGGGUAAAAAGUCAAAAAUGAGAUACUUCAACAUUAAUUCUGAUGCUGUGGAACUUAGCGUCCUGGCGGGAAUAUUUUGUUGACAUAAAACGGAUAAUGCCACCAAACUCGCAAGAAGAAACCCCUGCCAAAGGGAAGCAGGUGUACUGCGGAUUGGGAAACCAUAAACUGCAGACGCCGAAUAAAGCCCUCAGAAACCGGGUUCUUUUAAGUUUCGCAAAAAAGAUAAACCCAGAAAUUCGAGAAGGAACCCUUCUCUGCCUGAAGUGCUACAUUGGAUUGGAAAAGAUAUUUCAUAACAAGCUGCGAAGUAAGCGGCAACAUGAAGUGAAGAAGAACGCCACAGGUUCUAGUAUUUCGGACGUGAGCAAUAGUCAGUCUAUACAGACCAGCUCCUCGGAGGGAAGUUCAACGGCGGCAGUCCGGGCCAUUGCCCAGCAAGUCAUUACUGGAAGUAGUGAGAGUUCCGUCGUAGCAGUCCCAUCACCAUCGCCGGAGAGUAGUCGAAGUAGUGAUCGCCCCACAACUAGCGCUGCUGCUGCGGCCAGAAGGAAGCGUAAGAGUGACGAACAGGCUGCAGCGGCCAGAAGGAAGCGUAAGAGUGACGAACAGGCUGCAGCGGGAAACACAUCUAAAAGGAGUCGUCCGCCGCCGGAUCCCACUGAUUCAGACGAUGACCCCAAUUCCAAUUUAAGUUUGAAUGCCGUUAAUGGGACAAGGUUACCGCAUAUUCAACCGAUUCCCAAACGCCGUCCAACUAUUAUUUUAAACAAAGCUGUAAUGGACAUCUACUUGGCGGGAACCACUGGUGGAUAACCAUAGCCUUACUUAUACAUUGCUGUGAGCUUUUAGGAAUGUAUGUACAUUUAGAGGAAAAGUCUGUUAAAGAGUGUUUAAAGUUAGGUUAAGAGAUUACGUUAAAACCCUAAUGUUUUGUGUUGAGUGUUUAGUGUUUAGAGACAAAAUUGAAGUUGUGUAUUGAAAAUAAAGGACUUUUUGAAAAGA